UCCUCUCAACGAUGCUGUCCUCCCUCAUCUUCCUCCUGGGGCUGCCUCUCGCCCUCGUUGCCGAGCCCCCCACCUGCACCCCGCUCAUCCCGGUCACCUUUGACAAUGCCACCAUCCCUAGGCUCCUGGGACACUGGAUCUACAUCACCGGCGCCUCCAAGUACGGGCCUCACCUGGCAGAGCUGAAGGAGUUGAAACAUGCGGUUUUUGACCUCUUUCCUGGCAGCCAUGAGGACGAGCUCAACGUCACCGAAAUCAUGAGGAUGAAUGAGACGUGCGUCACGAGGAACACCAGCAAGAUCCAGGUCUUCUGGCACAACUCCACCUUGGUGCACGCCGACGACCAGGUGACUUCCAUGGCCGAACUGAUCCAAAGCGACAAGGACCUGCUGAUCCUGAAGCACUUCAACAACAACUUCCCAGGCCUGAGCCUCUCAGCACGGACACCCAAUGUGAGCAAGGAGCGCCUUGAGGAGUUCAAAACCCACCUGCACUGCCUGGGCUUCACUGAGGACGAGGUGUUCUUCACUUCCGAAAAGGACGCCUGUCCCCUGCCUGGGGAGAAGACGGGCGAAGGCAGCACGGAGCCGCAGCCAGAGUAACCCCCACAGGCCAGGUCGGCCACUCCAUCCUCAUCCUCCUCCGGCCUCUCCACAGGCACAUCCCUGCCUGCCAGCCCCAGCCAGGCUCAGCUCAGCCUCAGGACUUUCUAUGGAGGUUUCGGGUUUUUUUUUUUUUCCUCCCAGAUGAAACGCCCAGUUUCCUUGUACUUGCCCGGACCCGAAAUAAACCCCUUGUGUUACAA